GAGUCAUAGUCCCACCUAUAAAGACUGCCACUGAUCCGAGAGAGGAAAACAGUCGAAAGCCUAUAUAUGUGGCAGUUGAUACUUCUGGCCUGCCUGCUGCCUGGCCUCCAGGUGCGGGCAGCCUUCCUGGAGGAUUGCAAAGGGGUCAUCAUUCCCAAGAUACCAAACGAAAACAAGGAGUGCAGCCAGUAUGUUCAUUGCGAUGGCGAUAACUCUUAUUACUGCAAUGGGGAUUGCGAUGAGCCGGUACAGUGCUAUCAGGAAGAUGAGGAAAUCACCACAGAAGCACCACCACCCACUACUACAGCUCAGCAAACCCAGGAGGUGUCUUCAGAAGAGUCUACGCUGGUCAACACUACAACCUCAACACCGGCUCCACCCCCAGAAACCACUCUUCCACCCACAACCUCCAAUCCCAUCACCGAUGCUCGAGUGCACUGCAGGAUCAGUGGCGUAAACGGGGUAUAUCCCUAUCCGGCAAACAGCAACUACUACUAUCAGUGUUUGGGUGGUUUCCUCCUCCUACAGCAGUGCCCGCAGAACUUUUACUUCGAAGCGGUUCAAGGACUGUGUAUUUCCAAAAAGCCCUAUCGUUCAUCGGUCUUCCAGCUAUAAGAUUCAUCUGUAUCUUUAUCGUAAUGUGUGUAAUAA